AUGGAAAACUUCAUAGUUACCCAGGAACAAACAAAUAAGGAUUUCCUAAAUCAAAACAGACACACUAAUGAGCAAAUUAAGCAAUUAGCAAACAAAGUAGAUGCUUUAGCCAGCCAUAACAAAAUGUUAGAAACACAAAUAUCGCAAGUGGUACAACAACAAGCACCUACUGCUUCCCCUGCAGGUACAUUUCCUGGACAGCCACAACCAAACCUGAAAGGUCAUGCAAAUGCUAUUACAUUACGAAGUGGGACCGAAUUAGACGGACCAACCGACCCUAGACUUCAAAAUCCAGCCAUGCACCAAGACCCUGGUAAAAUAACUGAGAAGGAAAAUGAACUAAAGGAAAAUAAAAACGAAGAGGCCAUAGAGAAAGAAGAACCAUAUGUGCCUCCACCACCGUAUAAACCUCAUAUCCCAUAUCCUCAAAGAUUUGCUAAAUCCAAAAGUGUAGGGAAAUUCAAGAAAUUUCUAGAGCUUCUGAAACAAUUGAAUAUCACAAUACCUUUUAUAUAA